AUGUCUCGGGUACAUUCUCUUAACUAUUUUCACUUUGUGUCUUUCCAGUCAGGAGCGGCGGCUGCCGUUCUAAAACAAGAUCAGACAACAAUCAACAAUCGUAUCAUUAAUGUCGCGCUGUCCAAUCCUCCGAAAAAACAUCGACAAGAAAAUGAACCGAAAGUUCAUCGCCAAGAAGGAAGGUAAAGAGCAGGGUACAGAGAUUUGCGCAUGUGCUUGUUACCUGCACACGUGAAAACGUAAAAAGUUGCUAUACAGGUCUGCAAGCAACUGUCACAAAUCUGUUCACAAACUGUCGACAAGUUGUGUUCGCACUGUUUGUUGCAGUCGUUGUAAUAAGUAUGUAACUAGCUGUUAAUAACAACUUCUAACAAGCUUGAUGGCAUUAUCAGACUUAGAACGAAGAACUUAUUAUCAGACUUGUUAUAAGGUUGUUCUAACAAGUCUGAUACAGUCAUGAUAUAACAAGAAUGUUACAAGUUUGACGACGCAAGAUUGUAACAGUAUUGUUAUAUCAAGACUGUAUCGGACUUGUUGGGACAACCUUACAACAAGUCUGAUAAUAUCAACAAGUUGUUAACAAGUUGUUAAGAAGUUGUUCCAUACUUGUUGACAACUUGGGCCAAGCAGUGCGAACACAACUUGUUGGCAAACUUGCUACAAGAUGUGAGAUUUUUGCGUGUGUGACCGAGGUUCGACACCUGCAGUAUGCAGUUCCCUGAUUAUAAUAUCCCCCGAGUCGUAUCGGACUUGGAAAAAGUCUUUAAUGUUGGAUCCUGAAUUUGCCAUUUUCAAAUGUUUCUCAAAAUCGCAUAUAAAACAGUGGAAAUGGCAUACAUUACGCCAAAUUUGAACAUUGAACAACAGUUCACAAUCUUAAACGACAGAUAAGGGUAUGAUAUAAUGAUUCCUUAAAAUUUUUCGGUAACAUAGAGUAUGUGUAAAAAAUUGAAAAUCUUCUUCGAUCCAUCUUCCUGCCAAGCCAAAUGUUUUCCUCAGCAUCCAGACAGGUCUGGGGUCGCAUGUGAGACUCUCAGAGUGCUUCCAGUUUUAUCAAAUACGCAGGUUUUUUUCAGGCCUUCCAGUUUAUUCCUGAAAACUGGAACAGCACUACAGGGUGUAUCAAGAAACACGAGACCUUUAGAAAUCAAGCUAUAGUUGUGCUAAGAUUUAUGCUCCUGGAAAUUUAAAAUAGCUUCUAAUCGCAUGAAGGAGCAUAACUGCAUAAAAAAUUGCCAAAUUACUAAUUAGUCAUAUCAGUUCAAAAAAAAAGUUUCAACUGACUACAGAGCAACGAGUUUUUUUUCUGUUUUAUGCGCUGAAUUAAAUUAAUCAACAUAUAAUUCAUAUGUUGGACGAAACCAAAUUAAGGUUUUAAAUAACUUCGUCGUGCAUAAAAUUCACUUGUAUUCCUGUUGCACGCACCCGGCCUGUGGGAUCAGCAUAGUGCUAUAUAUGCAUUCAAAUUCCAACAAUAGCUUCAUUUCUUUAUAUACCCUGCAGACUGAUAGAGCUAUCCAGUAUAAAUUGUAUAUAAAUAAAAUCUAUGAUUUUUAUCUGUUUUAGCCGCCCUGGCCGAGCUCGUACCCAGAUACAAUUUGUACCCAGGGCUCUUAAAAAAACACCUGGCACGGACACAUCGAAACCAUCAGCAGAGCCUGGGAACGAGGUUGCAACAAGCAAGGACGAAAAGCCGAAACUCAGCAAUGAUGACUUUAGAAAGAUGUUUCAAUAGGAUAAAGGUACCUUAUCGUUAUAUCUCUGUGGUUAUGUGUUGUGUAAAAAUAUUGCAUUUUAAUGCUCGUCUUCCUUCCCCCCGGGAAAUGUGCAUGACCUGCUAGAAAGAUCUUUGGCUCGUGUAUUCAACGGGGGGAGGACUACUUAUAAAAUAGUGAAGAACCUCUUUUAUUCACUGGAACAUGAUCGAAAAUUUCGGAUUUGGGUUGAACUGACUGAUAUAUAUUGACCUGGAAUAAUUGCGCAACUGAUUUAUUCUGAAUAUUAAUGACACGAGUAUGACAUAGUCAGCAAAUUUUAUAUUUCAUUUAAUGUUAAAAACCAAAGCAAGAAAUGGCCUAACCAUAUAUCCUAACAUGAAACUGAGAAAUAUUUUAAAUACUUUUAAAUUCGAAUUCGAGCUUGAAACUUUAUAUGAAAGCAAGGAACGAAAACGAAAACAGAAACUAAAGGGCCCUGUCACACUAUUGCGUAUGAGAGAAACGUAUGAGAAGCGUAUGAAAAUUAUUAAUGAAAUAAUUUUCAUACGCACAAGAAUCCUUUGAAAUGCCAGCGUAUGAGUACCGUACAUCUGGCGUACCUCUAGCGUAUUCAGCGUGUGUCUAGAGUAUGCUUAUCGUAUAAAGCAUACAUCCGAAUACACAUGCAAAAAAUUUUUGAACAUGCUUAAAAAAAAUGUUCUGCCUUGCCGUAUGCCAGCGUAUGCCACCGUAUGCGACCGUGCUUGAAACGUAUACAACCUAUGCCUAACGUACCCCUAGCGCGUAUGUCAGCGUAUACCGGCGUAUGAGUGAUAUUUUUCAUACGCUGGCAUACGCUAGUACGAUACGCAAUAGUGUGACAGGGCAUUAAUAUAAAACAGUUCACGGUACAUUCUCAAGGUCCCAAACUAUUGAAUUCUCUCAGAGUUGCAAAAAGUGUUCUCCGGAUAAAGUUUCAAGUUUCAGUUAAACCUGUGUCAAGAUAAUGUGAAUAAAAGUUUUUUUCAAAUUGGUUUCUUACUCCUAUUUUCUACUGACCAGUAUUUAGCAUUUAUCAGCUGGUUGAUUGCAUUGUACUCGCAUACAGACAAUCAGUACAGGCUGGCAACUGGCAGCAGAUGUAUAUGCGUUACGAUUGCUACACAAACGCUGGUCGCACGAAAGCUUAUUGCACGCGUUAGGAAAUGCUGUACCACAUAACUACCAGUACAACAUCAGCAUCCUGUCAACCUCAACCUGUCUUGCCAAGUAUCAUUUAUUUGUUUUAUGAUGUUAGUGUCGAUUGCAGUGUUCCAAAUUAACCCAUUGAGUCGCAUUGCGCCCUACUUUAUUAUUUUACUCUGUCUAACGCCAGAUUAUUUUACUCUGUCUAACGCCAGACGAUUUUACUCGUCAAGGGGAGAGCGCUUGCGCUUAAUGGGUUAAACCAUUCUCACUGACCUCACAUGUGGUAAACCUCCUCACGGGCGGUAUGCCCGCAGCUUUUUGCAACUCUGCUUUCUCCUCAUACCUUAAAAUCGUGGAGACAAUUUCUGGUCAUAAAGUUAUAUAUGAUUACACUUCAUACGCCAAGUAAUUCACGUACAAUAGCGCGCUGAAGUUCGAUGUAUAUCAAUUCGCAGCUUUUUUAUUUUGAGUCAUGUAUACAGUUACAAUAUUAUUGAAUUAUGUAAAUGUUUUGGUUGGCGAAUUAGAAUGAUUGAUUAGAUCGCGAAAUUCGUGUCAGAACAAGCCGGCACCGAAAAAUCAGGUCCAAUGGUACAUCAGCAUUUUUUAAAUACAAUUUUUUAUUAAUUCUUUCCAUUACACAAUAAAUUCCUUUAAAUAAUUUACAAUAUUUCCAUUGGCAUUGCGGUCCACUUCCAGUAAUUAAAGCAUCAAAAUAUUUUAUUAAAUAAGAUAUUUAAAUUAUUGUUCAUUGAAAUUCAGCUUCAUUUGUGUAAUCCUUCCCUCUGGUCGAGUGCGUAUCUUCUGCAAAUCUCACUGGCUUGUUUACACAUAUAGUUCAGUCCAUCCUCCGCGCUCAGUUUCUACAAAUUAAAAAGUAUGAUUUAUUUGAUAUGAUUAUUAAUUUAUAUAAUGUUAAUUUAACAUAUACACGAGAGCUUUAAAUUGAGCGUUUGAAUUCUUCAAUGAAAUGAACUUAAGGUUUAUGGAAAUCAGUAGGGUUUUGUAUCAGAUAUACAAGCUCUUUCACGGUCUUGUUUUCCCCAUAGCCUAUCGAAGGGAAAUGGCUGUGAAACUCAUUAGAAUAACAAUAUAACUCAUCAUCUAUGUUAGUCAACGUUUAUUCAUAAAUCUGGUCGUUUCACCGUCACGUGUGUAUUGUAUUUUUACCAAAUCCACCAAUAGCAAUUUCCAGUUUCCCAAUUGUUCGAGUGACGGAUAGGUGACUUUCCUAAAACAUUGCUAUUGGUACAAUACACACGUGACGGUGAAGGACCAGAUUUAUGAAUAAACGUUGACCAACAUAGAUAAUGAGUUACAUUGUUCUAAUGAGUUUCACAGCCAUCUUCCCUUCGAUAGGCUAUGUUUUCCCUAAGGGAGUGUUCAUUAUUUAUGGUUUGGUUGGGGGAUUUGGUGGGGGCGGUGAGAAUCAUAGCUGGAGUUGGGGGAGGUUUGUUGUCUGUUUUGUGGGGGGUAUGCAUUAUGGCAGUACAGCAUGGCAGUUCGCAACACUAUUCUUCUCUUCUCAAUAUAUUAUGCAACGAUUUUCUUCUUGUUUCGUUCUUCGCAAGCAAUUUUCUUAUGAAAAUAACCCUUUUACGUCCAGGCGUCAUGCUUGGUUUACAUAUAUAUAGCUUUUUUAAUCACGAGAACUGAUCGUAUGAGAUUAUAUUUGAAAAAGACCGCCAUUUUUGUUGUUAUGAAUGUCACUCGCCCCAGGUUUCGAAGGGAAGAAGCGCACUUAAUUAAGUAUACGCCUUUUUUUGCAGACUAAGAUGUGAAUUAAGUUCGACUCAUGAAAAGUACGCGACUGCUGUCACCGGUUUUGAAAUACAAGUACAUAUGUAUAUUGUUAUUUCUGCCGGAAAUUUGAAUCAUACUUGCCGGAACAAUAUCAUUCUUAAUCUACUAUACUCCUUUUGCGAUAAUAAACGCGAUCUAAAUUGCUAUCAGAAUUCGCUUCCUCCUCAAUUAAAAUAUUUUUAAUAAGGGGUGGAACAUUAGAUAUCCAGGAGGGGUGGCAGAUCCAAAAAAAAUUCAUGCCAUGUAAGUAAAGAAAAACAUUCUUGCAACUACAUGGAAUAUAUCGAUUCAUGGUCCAAACACUAAUCCUAACCUAACCCUAUUCCAAGUUUGUUUCUAGACCAAUCUUGAAGAAAAAUGUUUUGACGAAAUGUCAUUCUGAGGUCAGCGAACAAAAACAAAAUGGCUUCCCGUUUCGUCAAGGUUACAGGCGAGCAAAUAUUUGUACCAAACGAAACUGCAGUUUCGCCAAAUACGAAGAAAGCCACGGAGUUUUGCUUAACAGUGUGUAAAGCCAGUCUUUAAAGCUAUUUCUAAUGAGUAAAAAUGAUAGAAUUACCGAAAGCGUAUAAAUACUGUUUUGUUUACAACUAUUACGCGAGCUGAAAUACAAACUGUUUUUAAAAUAUUUUCGUUGUUUUUUUUUGUCAUUUUUGUUUUGUUAUGGUACAUACUAAAACAAUUAUUAUAAUCUUGCAGUAUUCACUUCAGUGAAUAAUUUUUAAAUUUAUGUAGAAAAAUAAAUUCUGCACAAUUUCAACACCGUGAAUCAAAGGUUGACAAAGUUCCAAACUUGAAAAAUUUAUCCUCUCCCUCCCAUGACAUCUUAGUGAUACACCCACAAACUCAAGAUAUGUACGAUAAUAAACGCUAUCUCAAUUGCUAUCAAAGUUCGCUUCCUGUUCAAUUAAAAUAUUUCAAAUAUACUCGAGAUUAAAAGAACAAGGUUUGCGAACUAAUUCCGCCAAAAAUCCGGUCGAAAAAUAAUUAUCAUGUCACUUGACGCAAUACACAAGAGUUUACAUUAUUUGUAUAUGUAUUUUUAGUUGUAAAACGACAUAUUUAAUCAACUGUGAAAAUUAAACUUAAAGUUUUUUUAAUAACACGAGUAUAUUUAAUAAUACAAACAAUACAUUUUCUUCCGGGGUGAUUUUAAUUUUCGCCGGUGGAACAUCAAAGGUUUAAUUAAGAAUAAAUUGGUAUAAAUUAAGGACGUUUUGCAGCUGUCUGUAAAAGGUUAGAAAAGUCAUUUUAAUAUUUGUAUGCUCGUAUCUCAUUUCAGUCGGGAAUUUGUCCCCGCAAAAGAGAAGAUUUUCUUCAACUCGUCCCAGACUCUUUUGGCGAUGAUUUUCGCGCGGUCCUAGGACUCCGAUGCCUGAUUAAAUUCAAAAUGGUGGAUUUUUAAAGCCAUCCGUUCUCACGAAUUUUUUAAAAAGCCACAGGAAAUUAUUUGGGUUGAAGAUUUGUAACUUUAAAAUUUGAAGAAAAAGUUGUGUCUUACAGUGGGCCUAACAAUUAUAGUUGUAAAAAGUAUGAAUAAUAUAUGAGGGGUAUCCUCAACAGAGUUGUCUUUCUGAACACGAAGUUAAGCGAAGCAUUGUCACGUUAGCUAAGCAUUAUUGCGACGUUAGAUAUAUGUUACAUAAAGUCAACAUUAUAGCAAAUACCAUAUCGUAUGGAUAUAUAACAAAUACCAUUUGAUAUAAGGGAUCUUCCUUAAUACUGGGCCACUAAAGAGAGCCAGUUUAGAACUGGAAAAGCUAUCAUACAGUUGCUUGCUAUCAGCUUAAAUUAUUUAUAUUUCGUAGCAAUGAUGUGGAGACCCAAUGGGCAGCCAAAUUUGACCACAAAGCCGAUUAGAAUCCCAAAUAGAUAGUUUUUAGAUUUUAUUAUGUCAUGCUGUGGCCGACAUAAUAUCACAAGUUUUCAUCUCAUACCCUUUAUUAAAAAAGAUGAAAUUUCAAUCUUUGGUUGUGUGAGGAGAAAAUUAUUUGCCCAUUGAAAAUUAACCCUUUUCAAGAAGGCCAUUGGACUUGUUUUAGUCCUUAGUUCUUUUAUAUGAUAAUUCGCCGUGAAAACAGAUGCAAAUAAUUCCUUGUUAGCUUUUUUCUGAGAAGCAUUUUUGAGAUAUCGUUUUGCAAAACAUGUUUCUCAAUUGGUAAACAAACUUUGAAAAGUACAUGUUUAGGGCUUUAUCUAUAAAACCAUGCUAAAACGAAGAGAUUUUAGAUGGUAUGCCAAACUUCAUGCCCAUGACGUCCAUUGUGUUAUGCUAUUGUCGUAAAUAUGGCCUCCGAGGUGCAUUUCACUCAAAAAAUCCCGUGCGCUUCCCAGACAAAAAAAAAUCCGGGAAAAAUCCGGUACAAUUUGGAAAAUCCUUCAAAACCCAAAUUUAAAAAUCUAUUCAAAUCCUAAAAAAAUUCGAAAAAAUCCCCCAAAUCCGGGAGAAAUCCACAAAAAGUCCGGAAAAGUAAAAAAAAUCCAACAAAAUUUCUUUCAAAAAACCCACCGACUUUGAAAGUCCAAAAAUUCCGUACCCUGUUUUGGAGUGAAAUGCCCCUCGAUGGCAUCAUUGAUAAUUGUAUUUUAAUCAACAAUAUUCUGCUAUUAUUUUAUGUCUCCCGAUCGCCAGAUGCGUUCGAAAAGGUAUAGCUAAACUGGGAAAUAAAGAUAAAACAAAGUCAUUUUGAGGUUUUGAGCGCUUUUCAUUGCAAACAUGCGACAUAUAAAUCGCUUCUUAAUAUAAACUGAAUGUCAUUUUACCUGAUUUUUUAAGGUUCUUUUCUUUCCAAAUGAGCCCCCACCAGCAGCGAAAGCAUCGCUCUCGUGAACAAAACUUGUUGCCAACAAGACGGCAAAAACCAUUAAGACAACUGCGGUUUUCAUUUUAAUCUUUGAAGAAUCUUCACUUUUGGUUUCUCAAACAAUUCUCGUAAAGACUCAACACACUUUUGGCCAAAUCCAAGAUGCGGCCGUAUUUUAUAACCUGUAAUCGCUGGAUAUGUUAAUGAGAAUUGAGUACACAAUGUCAUUAGCAACUUUCAUUAAUGAAGCGGUUUUAUUUGUGGAAUAUACAGAGGAUUACGCCUAGUUCGUGUUUUAUUAAUUUCACACUCCGUUUUCAUUUACUGUUUGAAGUGGGUGUUCAUUACAAAUGUCUUUGUGUAUAUUCUAUGGGGAUGUGGGUUUGUAUAUAAUAUUAAGUUUGACUAGUAAAAAUGAGCGCAGUGUAAUAUUUUUGGAUCUAAAUGUAGUUUUGGUUCCUCUUAAUUGUAGUAACACUGGAAUCCCAAUCAGCGCUUACUAGACCUCUAUAGGGUGUCUAGGAGGAACAGUUUCUAGAACUAUCCAGUCAAAAUAAGGUAGUUUAGUUUAAGUUUCCAACUGUAAUAACAGCUGGAUUAAUAAGCGAUGGCUUUACUGAAC